AAAAGGAAAAGAAAAUAAUAAUAUUUAAGAAAACUAUUGAAGGAAUGACAUUAGGAACAGGUUAGCGCUAUAAGGGACUUAGCUCAUUGAAGAAACCGUGAAAGCUUUUUCAUUUGAACGGGUACAAAGCAAUAAAAUAAAGAAAUGAGGGCUAAAGUACAUUUCAAAAUGAGCAUAGCAGUGUUGGAAACCUUAUCUUUUUAUACUUUUUUUUCCAACUCAGAUGCAUUUGUACUGUUGCAACUUUCACAAUAAAUCUUAAUUCAUUGCAGCUUUACAAAGAAUACUGCCUUACAAACGUAAGAUAAAGGGAAUUAUAGAGAGAAAAAAUUCACUAGACAGAUACAUAUGAAGAGUUUGGUUCCAAAAUGAGAUAACUUGUUUACUAACUGUUUUUUUAUCAUGUUUUUAUUGUGUUAGUUAGCCGUAUUUUUUAUUUACAUUUAUCCCAACAUAUACAGGAAACUAAAUGACGGGGAAAACUGAUACUUUUAUUUUGAAAUCCUGAGAAUCGUUAGCGUCUUUCACUUCCGGGUUUCUUUCAGAAACCAUUCGGUGGUUAAUAAACACUCAUAUUAUGUCAUGUUGGAGCUGACUUUCAUUAUUUAUUAUUGGUACAGUGAUUGAAAAAAUAACUAAUGUUGAAUGUUAAAUAUUAAAAUUUAAAUAUAUGAAGCACAUGCCCCGUGAGCUGAUGGCGUGACGCUUGUCCGAUUACCGUAAAUCCAGCUAAGAAGUAUAACGUUAAACGUCCCAUUCAGCUACACUUUAAAUACACGUGUAACAGUUAAAUCACACAAAGCCUUCACUAACGCCCUAAACCACAAACAUGAAGGGGAAGUUAUCACGACGGUUAAUAAAAACUGAAAGAGUGAGUUAGAUCAAAGCGCGUUUGUACAUACAAUAUGAUGGGUGCACGAUGUGUGUUUAACGUUACUACGGUACCGUAAGUAAACACGAAGGCGUUCCGAUUUUAACAUCAGAGCACACAGACAUGUGUCCGUCAGUACACGAAGAUUAAGUCAUGACACCUGCACAGCCGAGGAGUGUCCUUCUAUUCAGUGGAAAACGCAAAUCAGGGAAGGACUAUGUGACGGAUUUACUGCAGAAAAGACUUUCUUCAGAGAUGUGCUGUAUUCUUAGACUGUCUGCACCUCUCAAACAGCAGUAUGCUCAGGAUCAUCAUCUGGACUAUGAGGAGCUGUUGGGUGCUGGUCAGUAUAAGGAGAGCUACCGGGCUGACAUGAUCCAUUGGGGUGAGAUGAAGAGACAAGAGGACUCGGGCUUCUUCUGUAGACUCGCCGUUAAAAACGCAGCACAACCCAUCUGGAUUAUCAGCGACUGCAGAAGACUGUCAGAUGUUCAUUGGUUUCAAAAAGAGUUUCCUGAUCAAUGCAUCUGUGUUCGGGUGGAGGCGUCUGAGAAAACACGAUCGCAGAGAGGCUGGAGUUUCACUUCAGGUAUCGAUGACGCCGAGUCUGAGUGUGGUUUGGAUGAGGGAGUGAAAUUUGACUGGAUCAUCAGGAAUGAUGAAGAUGAUGAUGUUCUGGAGAAACAGCUGCAGGGAUUACUGUCACUGGUUACACACGGGAUGAAACUGAAUUGAUAAAGAUGCUUUACAGAUCACCGUUCUGUAUUCUUGAGCUGUUUUCCUAUAUAAAGACUGCGUCCUCCAAAGGCUGCAUUCCAAAACCAGCAAAACUAAAGGCUGGUAAGGCCACUUCAUUUCGAAAGCUCCUUUAUAGUCCCAGUGAAAUAAAAAAUUACAAUUCCUUUUUUAAUUAAAUAUUGCAGCGAUUAUUGUAAAUAGCUUACCAAUGUGGGUCAUGUGGCCUCAUAAUCUUCAGUUAAAAUCUGAAAAUGCACUUCCACCCACUAGUGACUAUCCAUCUUAAAUGACGUAAUUUAGACCGCUUGGGUGGAGCAUCUGUUAACUCCUCCCCUUCAACGCUCCUUCUGCUCCCAGUUUUAAAUGUUUUUAUACAUCCAAUCAAAUCGCAGUAAAAAACAAGCCCACUUUUUUCUCAUUUGAAAUUCUGUUUCACUCGGAAAUGCGUCGGAAUACGGAGGUAAAAACGAUCGCAACUUCAGGUUCACGGGGACUUUAAAUGCAGCCUCAAAAUGCACCGUCUCUCCCUGGUCACAAAGGACAGAAGCAAUGGAUCCUGGAUGAAGCCUCGGCUACCAUGUGAAUUAUUCUGCGUCUGUAACGGCUGCAUAUUUUUAAAUAUCAGAAAUCAAAGAGCCCGCAGCUUUGCUUUUUAGGACGUGUGAGGCACACCUGGUAUGUAGUCUGCAAAAAACGGUCCUUGCCAAUGUUUUACCCUUACCCUAAUAGUUUCAAAAUAUAAUAAAUGAACAUGUUCGAAUGUAGAAAAGCCGGCUUGGGUGUCUUACAAUGCACCGAUGUUGUUGCUGUGCAGUUUAGAAUACAACAUCAGCAUGUUUAAAUGUAUGAAAAAACUUAUGGGGUAAAAAUACAACAUUCGGGUCCCAUAUUUAGGGCCCUAUGAUUGAAUCACGGAAUCCAGGCAUAAAACAGAUUUGCUGUAUAAUGCGGAUUGGCACAGAAUCUGGCAAAUGUAUUAUUUCUUAACCAGAAAGUAACAGCUAACAAAAUUCAAAUUGUGCAUGUUUAACUUUAGAAAUAUUCAGAUGGUGUUUAAAAGUGUAAUUUGCAAUUGUUUUGCUGUUUCUGUUUCAUGUGAGCAAAGCAACUGUCAAACACCCUUUCCGGCGACCCGUCAAAAUAAAACACACCCACAUUUUACCACACCAUCCCUCUUGAUUUUCACUGCAUGAGUAUAUUAUUUACUUUAGUAAACUAAAGUAAAUGUGCUAGUAACAUUAUAAAAAAUAUGAAUUUCUUAUAAAAAAUAUGACUUACAUUUAAGUAGACUUAAAUACAAAAGAUUAUUUAUUUUUAUUUUUCCAUGUAUGGUUCAACGUAUUUACUGGAGGUUUUUUAAUAUAGUUUAUAAGUGAAUACUGUAUAAGUGAACUACAAAGCAAUUAGCAAGACACUAAUUAUGUUCGCUUUCAUGGGGUGUUGCGCAGACAGGUCGGCGUAUGACAUCAAAGUGCUGGGAGAGCAGAGCUCCGUGUGCUUUCCAAACGUUCUCUCGGUACUCUGAUGUCUGACUUUCGCUGAUGGGUCUGCAGCAUUGCAAGAAGACGAACAUACCUAAUGCAAAGUCAGAAGACACAUAUGCAGUAUUUUGUGAGUAUCAGUACUAUAGUCUGAUAAAAUGACAUAUUAAUGAAGUUUAAUUGAAUGGAGGCCUAAUGUAAACCUGUAUGUUGUUUAUAAGUAAUGGAAACGUUUCGUUUGUUUCACUGUUUUUGAGUUGUCUGUGGACAUGUUAUCUUAUAGAAGGAAAAGAACAAUUGACCCCCACAGGCGCCAUAAAUCAAGGUAAUAGUAUUGAAGUCAUGGAAUAUACAGUGAGGGAAAUAAUGAUUUGAUCCCCUGCUGAUUUUGUAAGUUUGCCUGCUUACAAAGAAAUGAAGGGUCUAUAAUUUUUAUGGUGGGUUUAUUUUAACUGAUAGAGACAAAAUAUUAAAAAAUCAGGGGAAUUUUUUUAUAUAAAGGUUAUAAAUUGAUUUGCAUUUCAGUCAGUGAAAUAAGUAUUUGAUCCCCUACCAACCAGCAAGAAUUCUGGCUCCAAAGAUUGGUUAUGUAUGGAAGCAUAUUGGUAGCCAUUUUCAAUUUGAAAUGCAAUAUGUAAAAUGACAAUGCAAAUGUGUAUUUAAAUAUACAUUUGAAAUAACAUAUGUGCAACAUUAAGCACAAAAUGAAAAUAAAAAU